CAGAGAGAGAGAGAGAGAGAGAGAGAGCUUUUCUUCUUCUUCUUUAUAUUCGUCUUCAAGGUUACAGGAGAGCUAGAAAGCGGCUACGUUUUAGCCCAAAGAUGAUAAAUCACUCCAUCACCAUGGAAUCACAGGCCGGAGAAGCCCGCUGGCUUUCAGACAUUGGAAUGGCAGAUCCUAACUACCAGCAAUGGGAACUAAGCUCUCUAGACCAGCUCAUAUCUCCCAACAUGUGGGACGAUGACCUCCAUCAAACCCUCUCUUCCGAAAGCCAAUCUUUGAAUCCAGCUGCGACCAUUACGUCGAACACCUUUAGCAGCAGCUCAUCCAUUGACUCCUCUCAUGCAGCCAUGGCCGCCGACGAGAGAUCGAAGAAGAUGACAAAGACUAAGAGUUGGGACUCCUUCGCCACCCUGCAAAAGACUAUUCUUCCUCCCACCGUUUCGUCGCCGAGCAUCCUCUCUUUUGGUAGACCAGACUCCCCUAACGAUAGCUCGGAGCUGUAUAAGAACCUCGUUAUGGCUACUGUGGAGGAAGGGAAAGGUAACAGCUUGAAGAGAGGUUAUCAAACCAUGGCUGCUGCGCCGGGAAAGAAGAAAGCAAGUGCUGCAGCUUCCAGGCCUUCUUCUCAUAACCAAGAGCACAUUAUGGCUGAGAGGAAGCGCAGGGAGAAGCUUAGUCAGAGAUUUAUAGCUCUGUCAGCCAUUGUUCCUGAUCUUAAGAAGAUGGAUAAGGCAUCGGUGCUGGGUGACGCUAUCAAGUAUCUGAAGACAUUACAGGAAAAAGUAAAGAGCCUUGAAGAUCAGGCUGCGAAGACAACGGUGAAGUCAGCCAUCCUAAUAAAGAAGUCUCAGCUCAGUACCACUACUACCAACGACGACACCGACAUCUCUUCCUCCGGCGAGAGCACAGCCGACUGCGUCGGCGGCUGCUGCCAGUCCCUGCCGGAGAUAGAGGUGAAGCUAUCGGACAAGACAGUUCUCAUCAAAAUCCACUGCGAGAGCAAGAAGGGAAUUUUGGCUAGAGCUCUGUCGGAAAUCGAAAAGCUCCAGCUUUGCGUCGUGGGCAUAAACGCUUUGCCUUUCGCAGCUUCCUCUCUUGACAUUACAGUGAUGGCAAAGAUUGGGGAAGGUUUUUCGAUGACAGCGAUGGAUCUGGUGAGGAAUUUGAGUUCCGCUUUCAGUCAGUUCAUGUGAAAGGAGUUGUAGCAAUUUGAGUAUGCAGAGGCUUUGUCCAGUUCUCUCCAGCCCUCCUUUUAAAUUUCGGAUAAAAUUAUUCUGAUUAAAUUUUAAUUAGGAAAAAAAUUAUAAUCAUUAAUUUAUUUUUAGGUGAGUGUAUUCUAAGUUUUUGAUUAAUUAGUCAUGUAGUACACUCACUUUAAAAUAAAUUAAUAAUUAUAAAAAUUCUUUUAAUAAAUUUUUAAUCAGAAUAUUUAAGCCAAAUUUUAUGUUCUUUUUUUUUUUGUCCCGCUAGUGUAAUGGAUCGAGUGGCCCUGCUCUUGUUUUCAAAAAUAAAUUGAGGUUAGAGAUUAAAAGGGUGUUGUUUUUUCUUACCAUUAGCCUUUGUGGUUGAAGCCUGAGUUAAUGGUUGUGAUAAUCAGUUUGUAA